AUCGUCACUUCCUCAUUGUAGCGCUCGCGCUGCGGAAGUGUUUGAAAGUGCCAUUGCGCUAGACCAGCGCGAGCUUCACGCUGCACGAGCUGAUCGAUAGGUCUCCGCACGCGGCAUGUGAUGGAGUGGCAGCCGGAUGAACAAGGCCUCCAGCAGGUCCUGCAUCUGCUAAAAGACUCCCAGUCUCCAAACACAGCCACACAGCGAGCUGUGCAGGAGAAACUGGAGCAGCUGAACCAGUUUCCUGAUUUCAACAACUACCUUAUCUUUGUCCUGACGAGGCUGAAAACUGAAGAUGAGCCCACUCGAUCUCUCAGCGGUCUGAUACUGAAGAACAACGUGAAGGUUCACUAUCAGAACUUCCCUCCUGCAGUUGCACACUUCAUCAAGCAGGAAUGUUUAAACAACAUCGGAGACCCUUCCCCUCUCAUCCGCGCCACGAUCGGUAUCCUCAUCACAACGAUUUCCACCAAAGGGGAGCUGCAGACGUGGCCAGAGUUACUGCCUCAGCUGUGCAACAUGCUCGAUUCAGAGGACUACAACACCUGUGAGGGCUCGUUUGGAGCUUUACAGAAGAUCUGCGAGGACUCAUCGGAGCUUCUGGACAGUGACGCUCUCAACCGACCCCUCAACAUCAUGAUUCCCAAGUUCCUGCAGUUCUUCAAACACUGCAGCCCCAAGAUCAGGUCUCAUGCUGUUGCCUGUGUGAACCAGUUUAUCAUCGGAAGAGCACAAGCCUUGAUGGACAACAUUGACACCUUUAUUGAGAGUCUGUUUGCGCUGGCCGCAGAUGAGGACUCAGAGGUGCGGAAGAACGUGUGCAGGGCUCUGGUCAUGCUGCUGGAGGUGCGAGUGGACCGACUCAUCCCUCACAUGCGCAGUAUCGUAGAGUACAUGCUGCAGCGCACACAGGACCCGGAUGAGAAUGUGGCUCUGGAGGCCUGUGAGUUCUGGCUUACGCUGGCUGAGCAGCCCAUCUGUAAGGACGUCCUGUCUGGACAUCUUGCACAACUGGUUCCUGUUCUGGCGAACGGGAUGAAGUACUCGGAGAUUGACAUCAUUUUGUUAAAGGGUGACGUGGAGGAAGACGAGGCCGUGCCGGACAAUGAGCAGGACAUAAAGCCACGCUUUCACAAGUCUCGUACGGUCACCCUUCGGCACGAGGGUGAUGAAGGCGAGGAAGGAGAGGAGAGUGAAGAGGAUGAUGACGAUGACGACGACAGUCUGUCUGACUGGAAUCUGCGUAAGUGUUCGGCGGCUGCCCUUGAUGUCCUGGCAAACGUGUUUCGGGAUGAGUUGCUGCCACACCUGCUUCCAGUGCUGAAGGAGCUGCUGUUCCACCUGGACUGGGUUGUUAAAGAGUCUGGCAUCCUGGUGCUGGGAGCCAUCGCCGAAGGCUGUAUGCAGGAUAUGGCUCCGUACCUGCCGGAGUUAAUUCCUCACCUGAUCCAGUGUCUCUGUGAUAAGAAAGCACUGGUCCGCUCCAUCGCCUGCUGGACUCUGAGCCGCUAUGCACACUGGGUGGUCAGCCAGCCGCCAGACUCCUACCUCAAACCCCUCAUGACCGAGCUGCUCAAACGCAUCCUCGACAGCAACAAGAGGGUUCAAGAGGCUGCCUGCAGUGCGUUUGCGACUCUGGAAGAGGAGGCCUGUACAGAGCUGGUUCCCUACUUGAGCUUCAUUCUGGACACACUGGUGUUUGCCUUCAGCAAGUACCAGCACAAGAACUUGUUGAUCCUCUACGACGCCAUCGGAACCCUUGCUGACUCUGUCGGACACCAUCUUAACCAGCCAGAAUACAUCCAAAAGCUCAUGCCCCCUCUUAUUCAGAAAUGGAAUGAGUUAAAAGAUGAAGACAAGGAUCUGUUCCCUUUGCUGGAGUGCCUGUCUUCGGUGGCCACAGCACUACAGAGCGGCUUCCUGCCCUACUGUGAACCAGUUUACCAGCGCUGUGUCACCCUGGUCCAGAAGAACCUCGCUCAAGCCAUGAUGUAUAACCAGCACCCUGACCAGUACGAGGCCCCUGAUAAAGACUUCAUGAUUGUGGCCCUUGAUCUGCUCAGCGGUCUGGCUGAGGGACUCGGAGGUCAUGUAGAACGACUGGUCACCCGCAGCAACAUCAUGACCCUGCUCUUCCAGUGCAUGCAGGACACCAUGCCAGAAGUGCGUCAGAGUUCAUUCGCUCUGCUGGGAGACCUGACUAAGGCGUGUUUCCUUCAUGUGAAGCCCUGCAUCGCUGAGCUCAUGCCUGUCCUGGGACUCAACCUCAACCCGGAGUUCAUAUCUGUGUGCAACAAUGCCACAUGGGCCAUCGGAGAGAUCGCCAUGCAGAUGGGUAUGGAGAUGCAGCCAUUUGUGGCCUUGGUUCUCAAUAACCUUGUGGAGAUCAUCAACAGACCUAAUACACCCAAAACUCUGCUGGAGAACACCGCCAUUACGAUUGGUCGGCUGGGAUGUGUGUGUCCACAGGAAGUUGCCCCCAUGUUGCCACAGUUCAUUCGCCCCUGGUGCACGUCACUUAGAAACAUUCGGGACAAUGAAGAGAAAGACUCCGCCUUCAGGGGCAUUUGUGUAAUGAUUGGGGUAAAUCCUGGAGGAGUCGUACAGGACUUCAUCUUUUUCUGUGACGCUGUGGCCUCCUGGGUAAAUCCAAAUGACGAUUUGAGAGACAUGUUCUACAAGAUUUUGCACGGCUUCAAGGAUCAGGUUGGUGAGGAUAACUGGCAGCAGUUCUCCGAACAGUUUCCACCGCUGCUGAAGGAGAGGCUUUCAGCCUGCUAUGGUGUGUAGACGCCGCCCCUGCUGACAUGGGAAUCAACUAUUAGGUGAAAUCUACGGGAGGGUUACUGGGGAACUCAUCCAUGUCUGUUUGUGGGAACUACCUGCUGUUAGAGCCAAAGACGUGUGACUGUUUGUCAUCUGGAGCCAUCCCGCUUCCUCCAGCUCUGUGAAAGAGGAUUUGAAAGAGUUGAUGUGAAAUCAACAUUUUUACUGUCACAGUUUGGCUUCUGACUUGCUCAGAAUGGGAAUGAAUCCUGAAGCUCAGGGAUCUUGAUCGGGAGGGAGGGAUCGUUCAGGCAAGAUUCACCAGCUGCUUAUUGGACAAAACGACGCCAUUCGAUAGUCCAGCCUUAGCAAAGCCUGGCUUCUCAGCUAGAUGCCAAAAGCACAAACACAAAAACUGCAACAAGCGGCAUACAUGCAUAAGGCAGACUGUGCCUAAACAAAAUUUGUUUUCUUAAAGCGACAGGUCACCCGAAAAUGAAAAGUUUCACCCUAAUGUCACUCAAAACAAGUAUAUAUUUUUAAGAUGUUAGAUGGCACAAUUGCUCUUUUACGUAUAACAAAAAGUGCGUGAUAGCUGCUAAUAGGACAAGUUAUGAUUUACUUAAUGCAGUGUUUUCCAAAUCUUCUGAAGCCAUGCAAAGGUUUGUGUGAGAAACUGGCUGAAAUUUAGUUAUUCACUAAGUCUCAUUAUUAUAAUUUUUUUUGUGACGUACACCGCAUAAGUUUUUCUUAUGGAAAACUUUUAUUGUACCUUUUUAAAGCUGAAGUCACUUUCCACUUUUGUGUUUCAUGGAGAAUUUUCAUUUUUGGGUGUACUUUCACUUUAAAAGUUGUUAGUUUAACUGGUAAUUAUAUAAGUUUUUAGGGUUGGCUAAUGACAGAAGCAUGCAAUCAUUAUGACAUAAGUACAUAUUUCUGAAUUUUCUGCCUGCUUAAUUACUUUCCACAGCUCCACAUUACAUCGAGCUAUAUUUUCAUUCCAUGAAGAAACUGCUUAUUUCAUUUAUUGCUGAUAAUUCUGCUGCAGCCUGUAAAGGAACCAUAAUGGAAUUGCUGAUUUUAUGAUGGUCACGUAAUGUUUCAUACCUAGUUUUGCUUCCUCUUUUUUUUUUGCUUAACUAAAACGUGCAUAGCAGGAAGGACAAUGAGGUUUCUUGAUAAAGUAAUCCUUUUUCCUAAUUGAUCGCUGUAAUCUGUAGUCUGUAUUUAAGCAUUAUUAUUCCUUUUGUGUUGCAAACGUCAUGUUAAGAUUGAUCUCAGAAAGCCUGCACCAAGAAUUCACUGUAGAGAUUGAGUGUUUGCUUCUGCUGUUUUUAAAAUAAAUUCUAGGGAGUUAAAUAACUAAAAUGCUUAAGGAACUUUAGUUAGUGGCGUUAUUGAUAUGCACGUUCUCUUAUAAGGACUGUCUGGUUCCCCCUCAAAGAUGGGAAUCUAGUGAAGUUAUGAAGGCCGUUUUUGUUAAGAGUAAGAAUGCUUGGCUUGUGUAAGGACAAUCUAAUUAAUUAUCACAUGAGGGAAACCGCUAUUUCUUUAAUGAACUUAAAUUUAACACGGAGUAUAAUUUUAGCAAAGAAAACUAAUCUGCGUUAAUAGCAUGUAAUCUGGUAAGAUUCUCCAGUCUACACUAUGCAGUUGUCCUUUUGGACAGACUAAUGAAUUGUGGAAAAACGGUAAUCAGAAGGGCAGUGUUAGUGAGUCCCGUUUAAGUUAAAAUAGAAAAAUGACAUUUGAUUUCAAGUGUAAUGUAAUUGGAAGUACUUCAUUCUAUGUUGAUGGGGCUUAGAAUUUAGAAAAGGUUUCCUAGAUCUUUUCCCCGUAUUUUUAGUUGUUUUGAUCAUGUUUUAACUGUUGUCGUGGUUUUAAAUGCAUGUUCAUCUCUUUGAAUGACAGUUGCAUCUUAAGGUUUCUUCUCUCAUCAUUAAACACUAGCUCUGACAAUCUCAUUUUUAAAAUGUAUACUUUUUUGUAAGCUGCUCCACCCUCUAGGGUUUUUUUUUUUUUUUAACAUUUAGAUGUAUUUCACAUAUUUGGUAAGCAACCCUGUUGGACAUUUAAUUCAAAAGAACAAGUUUAACCUUAAAAAAAUGCAAAGUUGUGUGGUCACAUUUUAAAAUCAUGCUGUAUUUGUAAGUAUUUAGAAUUGGUUAUCUAAAACUGUAAAAUGGAAAAUCCUCUGUUUCUAAAUGAUUAAUGCACUUAUGCAUUUGCUCCUGUUACUGUAAUGACAAUAUGCUGCCAAGCAGACCUGUGUUCCACCAAUACCUUGUC